GCCAAAGAUGUCGGCUCUGUUAUGUGAUCAGCUGUGUCCAAUCACAGCUGAUCACAUGUAAACUGGGAAAUGCCGGUUAUCGGCAUUUCUCUCCUCUUGAGCUGUCACGCUGAUUCCGUGGAGGGAACAUGUACACUGAUCAUCAGGGCACUGAUGAUCAGUGUGGCCUGAUUAUCAGUGUAGCCCCAGCAGUGCCACCUGUCAGUGUCCAUCAGUGCCAGCUGUCAGUGCUCAUCAGUGCCACGUACCAGUGCCCAUCAGUGCCACAUCAAUGCCACAUAUCAGUGCCCAUCUGAGCUGCCUUUCAGUGUCACCCAUCAGU